GACUGGUGGGAGGCAGGAUUAUGUGGAGGGCAUUGAUUCGAUGGCAAUGAAAUGAGCGUGCACCAAGAAAGCAGCGAGAUAUUUCCCUUCUCCUUACCGCUGAGAUUGAUUACAGCACACCAAAAUCUUACUGGCUGAUAAACAAAAACAAAACCCUCAUUGCUACGUAAACGAUCGCACCUUAUAUUCUCCAUCGUCCGUCUCCACUCGAAAAUUCCUCAAUUUUCUCUCUCAUCACUACUUCUCUCUCUACAUGGCCUGAGCCUCCACGUGCACGGUGGUGGAACCAGGCUUUACUACUUCAUAGCGAUGGCGGCGAUGCGCUCCGAGAGCUCCGCCUUGGACGAUAGUCGGUGCUCGCAGACAGGAUCCGAAGUCAGCGGCGGCGGCGGCGGCGGCGGUGUUGGUAAAGGAUUCAUGCUUUUCGGAGUGAGAGUCAUGACGGAAGGAUCGUUCAGGAAGAGUGUGAGCAUGAAUAAUUUGGCUCAGUACGAUCAGCUGCCGCAGGAUUCCAGCCACGAUGUUGCCGCCGGCUAUGCUUCCGACGACGUCGUUCAUCCCUCCGGCAGGAGCCGCGAGCGGAAAAGAGGGGUGCCGUGGAGUGAAGAGGAGCACAGGCUGUUUCUGUUAGGGCUGCAGAAAGUUGGGAAAGGAGACUGGAGAGGGAUUUCGAGAAACUAUGUGAAAACCAGAACGCCUACUCAAGUCGCAAGCCAUGCGCAGAAGUACUUCCUCCGCCGGAACAACCACAACAGGCGGCGCCGGAGAUCCAGCCUCUUUGACAUUACGACUGAUGCAGUUGCGGGCUCUGCAGUUGAUGACCAAAUGUAUCAAGAAAAUUCACCUCAGACUCCAACAAAACAACAAGGCAAGAAUGUUGAGAAAUUUCCUAUGGCAAAUUUUCCUGUGGCUAUGACACCUGUAGUGGUGCCAAUCGCAACUGAAACUCCAAUGGAGAAUCUCACACUUGGACAAGUCAAUCAGCUCACCAAUUCACCAAAGCCCAUUAGGCCAAUUCCCAUUUUACCAGUUCCUCCAUCAUCAAAACUGGCCUGUCUCAACCUUAACAAGACAAGGACAGCCGUUGAUCAGCCUCCCUCUCUGUCACUCAACCUGUCGAUGUCAUCACAACAGCCACCGCCACCACAGUCGCAGCCGCAGGCGGCCAAUCAAGAACAGCCACCGACGCCGGCACGACACGCGUCUGCCUUCCAAGCAAUGCCUGCUGCUGGCUUUAAUGGGAGUGGUGGAGAUAGCAUGAUUAUUGUUGCUUGAUGGGAACCCAUUGGUAGUAUGCUUGUGGUGAUAUAUGUGCUGUAAAGUGGGGUUGUAAUCUUCUUUCUACUAUCCAAGAAAAGACAAGAUAUCAAAAGUUGGAAUAGUAUUAGCCUUUGGAGUAGAUUUGUGGGGAUUAUUAGGAUUAUUUAUUUUGGUGGAUAUAUCUUAUUGUACAGGAGUAGGGAGAUUAAUUAAGAAAGUAGUGGUCGUUUUCAGUAGUUUUUUUUGGGGGGGGGGGGGGGGGGGGGGGGGGGGAGGAGGUAUCCUACUGUGUUGUUGUCUGUAGUUAUAAUACUUGAAUGUUUCAUCUUUAUGUGGGGGAUGGUUUAUUUAAGGUUUUAUCUGCCUUGUUCCCUUUGUGUUUCUGUCGUUUUCUCUGAAAAAAAAAAAUUAUAUAUGAGUUUCUAUCAAGGUUUUGGGCCA